CAACAACAACAAUAACAAUAACAGCGCUAGAAAGCGCUGUUAUCAUCUAUCUACCAGAUACUAUUGCUUGCGCUUGCACCUACACCUGCACCUGCACCUUCACCUUCUUCUGCUGGUUCCGUCAUUUUCAGUUUUCACAGUUUGAUUAACGCAGUCGCAGAUCUCGUGAUCGGCGAUUGAAAUGGACGGUUACGAUGGAACGGUGAGGCUUGGAGCCAUUAACUUGAAGCAUGAUCGCAGUGAUUUUGACUCUGGACCCGAUGUAUCUGUUUCAUCUCCGGUUACGAGACAGAAGGCCGCUGCGGCUAAGCAAUUCAUCGAGAAUCAUUACAAGAAUUAUCUCCAAGGAUUGCAGGAUCGCAAAGACAGACGCAGAGCGCUUCAAAGGAAAGUGCAAGAAUCUCAAAUAUCAGCUGAAGAGCAGGAGGAAAUGAUGAGGAAUUUGGAGCGCCGAGAAACUGCGUACAUGAGGCUUCAGAGACGUAAAAUUGGAAUUGAUGACUUUGAGCAAUUAACAGUAAUUGGUAAAGGUGCUUUUGGUGAGGUGAGGUUAUGUCGUGCUAAAAGUACAGGAGAGAUUUUUGCCAUGAAGAAAUUGAAGAAGUUAGAGAUGCUUAACCGCGGACAGGUUGAACAUGUUCGAUCUGAGAGGAACUUGCUGGCAGAGGUUGAUAGUAGAUGCAUAGUAAAACUCCAUUAUUCAUUCCAAGAUUCGGAUUUCCUAUAUCUCAUCAUGGAAUAUUUACCUGGUGGUGACAUUAUGACAUUGUUAAUGAGAGAAGAUACUCUUUCUGAAGAUGUUGCUCGCUUCUACAUUGCUGAAAGCAUUCUUGCUAUCCAUUCAAUACAUCAAUACAACUAUGUGCAUAGGGACAUAAAACCAGAUAACCUGAUACUGGAUAAAAAUGGCCAUUUGAAGCUUUCAGACUUCGGCUUAUGCAAGCCUCUUGAUGAUAAGUAUUCAACAAUUUUAUUGGAAAAUGAAGAUUUUACCAGUGAAGAAUCAUCCAGUGAAACUGAUGGAUAUUGUCCCUCCCCUUGGUUGAUGCCAAAGGAGCAAUUACAACAGUGGAAACGUAAUCGCCGUGCAUUGGCAUAUUCAACUGUUGGAACCCUUGAUUAUAUGGCUCCUGAAGUUUUGCUCAAGAAGGGCUAUGGAAUAGAAUGUGAUUGGUGGUCUCUUGGGGCGAUCAUGUAUGAGAUGCUUAUUGGAUAUCCUCCAUUUUUUUCUGAUGAGCCGAGGACUGCCUGCCGCAAGAUUGUUAGCUGGAAAACAUGCCUGAAAUUCCCUGAAGAACCCAAGAUAUCAGCUGAAGCUAAGGAUCUGAUCUGUCGCUUACUAUGUGAUGUUGACACAAGACUAGGAACUAGAGGAGUAGAAGAAAUAAAGGCUCAUCCAUGGUUCAAGUGUAUUCAGUGGGACAUGCUUUAUGAAUUGGAAGCUGCAUAUAAACCUAUGGUCACUGGAGACUUGGACACGCAAAACUUUGAGAAGUUUCCUGAUGUAGACGGCCCACCAUCCAUAACGGCAACUGUGGGACCUUGGCGGAAGAUGUUGACAUCCAAAGACACCAAUUUCAUAGGAUAUACUUAUAAGAAGUCAGACAUCCUUAAAUCGCUUGAAAAUUCAGGGGAUGCUGAUGUCAGAGUAAAUGGAUCAUCAAAUACCCCUUCCUUGAUUUCCUUGUUAGGUCGGAUUGAUUUGCAAGAUACUUCCAUUUCAGAAAGUGAGCAGAAGCCAGAAACUUGAAUCAAAACUUCCUUCUUGUGCUUUUACUGGAUCCUGUAUUGUAUUAGUUUUACGCUUGGCAUUUGAAGAUUGAAGAUGACUAGUGUUAUCAAGCAUAUUCAUAAUUCAAUACAGGCAACCCUUGAUUAAGGUCAUGGAUCAUGGUGGACUUAAUACUACGAGGCUCAGUUCUACUGCUUUCUGCGCUCUCAAUCGAUGAUUCUAUCCUUGACAGGAAGUCAAACCUGUGCUGUUCAUAUACAGUUCCAUUUCCGUCUCAUAAAAAUCCAGUUAUUUAUGCAGUGUUUAGCAACGAAAUUUUUUUGGCUGUCAUAUAUAGAUAUAUACAUUGUAUUCAGAUAUUU